AUGGUAUUGGUUAGUAUUAGCUCUGAGUUGUGUUCUUUGAGCAAGGAAUUUCCAGUUGAAAUCAGUAUAGUUGAUUUAUGUGAAAAAUUAUAUCAGUUCACAGGGGUUUCACCCAAUGAUAUGAGAUUGAUUGUAUCUGAGACUGGUAAUGGGGCUAGCAAAGAGGAAGUAUAUGGCGGGAGACGUGUCCAGGAUGCUCGAUUGAGGCCUUUUGAAGGGUACAACGGAGUUGGACAAGUGUCGGUUGUUGUUGAAGACACUAAUGUUAAUUCUAUUGCUAAUCAGUUGAACAAGAUGCAUCAAGAGGAAGAGGAAGGAGACAGUGGUGAUAACGAAGAACAUUUGUUUAAGUUAUCUGAAGAUGCGUAUGCUAAUAGGAAAGAUUCUGUUUUGAAUUGGAAAAAAGAACACAAGUUAGGAAAAUUCGACCCACAGUACCAAUUAACUUUGAACAAGAACCGUGAAUUACAAAAUGAACACUUGAAGAACCUAAUAAUAAAUGAAAGAUGUUCUGUUAAAUCGACAGAUUCGGCAGAAAGAAGAGGCUGGCUAAGAUUCGUAGGCAAAAUCCCAGAUAUAAAUAAUGAAGAUGUAUGGUGUGGAAUUGAAUUCGAUGAACCUAUGGGCAAAAACGAUGGGACAUUCAAAGGUAAGAAGUAUUUUGGCCCUGUAAAACCAAAUUAUGGAGGGUUUGUAAGACCAAAUACCGUAGAGACAGGUUCUCAAUUUACACCUUUUGAAAAUGAUCUUGACCUAGAAUUUGAGUCAGAUGACGAAAUUUAA